AUGUCGACCCUGAUGGGCUCAAUCCUCAUUAGGGUUCAGGCUGUACAUCCCGACAUUCCAGGUCCGACAAUUGCCUCGGCCCUGGCCAUUAUCUGCGGCGCAAUCGUGCUGCUGUUGGGACUGCUGCGGCUGGGGUUCAUCGUCGAUUUCAUUCCUCUCCCGGCAAUCACAGCGUUUAUGACCGGUUCGGCCAUCAAUGUCUGUGCAGGCCAAGUGAGGACGGUGUUGGGGGAGAAGGCGAAGUUCUCGACCCGGGGAGCCACUUACAAAAUCAUCAUCGAUACACUCAGGCAUCUCCCAUCGGCGAGAAUGGAUGCCGCGAUGGGUCUGACGGCAUUGGCAAUGCUGUAUGGGAUUCGGGCGGCAUGCAGUUAUGGGACAAGAAAGCAGCCACACAGAGCUAAGCUGUUCUUCUUCCUAUCAACCUUGAGAACAGCCUUUGUGGUCCUCUUCUAUACCAUGAUCAGUGCCGCGGUGAACCUCCAUCGACGAGAUCAUCCAGCCUUCAAAUUACUCGGCAACGUCCCGCGGGGUUUCAAAGCUGCAGGCGUUCCCAAAGUGGAUAUUGCCAUCAUCAAGGCCUUUGUCAGUGAGCUUCCGGUGGCAUGUAUCGUCCUAUUGAUUGAGCAUAUCGCCAUUUCGAAGUCCUUCGGCCGGGUCAACAAUUACACCAUCGAUCCAUCGCAGGAGUUCAUCGCAAUCGGGAUCUCAAAUCUCCUCGGCCCAUUCCUCGGUGCAUACCCAGCCACCGGAUCAUUCUCCCGCACGGCGAUCAAAGCAAAAUGUGGCGUGCGCACUCCUCUAGCGGGUGUGAUUACUGCAGUCGUCGUGCUCCUCGCCAUCUACGCACUGCCAGCGUUGUUCUUUUUCAUUCCAAAAUCCUCUCUAUCAGCCGUAAUUAUACAUGCCGUGGGCGACCUCGUGACGCCCCCCAGCACGACCUACCAAUUCUGGCGAGUCGCUCCUCUCGACGCAAUCAUUUUCCUCUCCGGUGUGAUCGUGAUCAUCUUCUCAGCCAUUGAAACAGGGAUUUACGUGACGAUCUGCGUUUCCCUCGCAGUUUUACUGUUCCGCCUCGCAAAAGCCAGAGGACAAUUCCUAGGCUAUACACAAGUAUACUCCAUUAUUGGCGAGGAUGUCCUCAAAGGAAACCCAGCCCAAAGUUUCGAAGACCCUACCUCAUCAAGACGAAUAUACCUCCCAGUCAACUACCAAGGGGGCAUAAACCCCCGUAUCAAAAUACACCAACCAGCCCCGGGGAUCUUCAUCUACAGAAUCUCAGAUGGCUUCAACUACCCCAACGCGAACCACUACACCGACACUCUCGUCAGUCACAUCCUCGCUACAACCAGACGCACCAAUCCCCAAGCAUGGGAAACGCCCGGAGAUCGACCAUGGAAUGAUCCGGGUCCUACGCGCACAGAGCGACAGAACCUACUCGCCCACAUAUCACCACUUCCAACACUCAGAGCCAUCAUUCUAGACUUUGCUUCCGUCAACAAUGUCGACGUGACCUCGGUGCAGAAUCUCAUCGAUGUCCGGAACCAGUUGGACCGCUGGGCCUCGCCGGAUCGUGUGCAGUGGCAUUUCGCGCAUGUGAACAAUCGCUGGACGAAGCGCGCUCUUGCAGCUGCUGGUUUCGGGCGCCCUGCACCGCCUGGCUCUGGAGAGAGGCAAAGAGCUAUUUUCGAUAUAGCGGAGGUUAUAGAUGGGACCCUGUGUUCGUCGGCGUCGGGGGUCCAGGUUGAGAAGGAUCUGGAGAUUGGAGUUGCGUCGGAGAAUAGUGCGUCUUCGUCGUUUCUUGCUGAUGACGCGGCUCGGGCUGGCGAGGUUGGUUCUCGUCAGACUCGGUCUGGGGUGGGAACUGUGGCUGUGGUCGAUGGUAUUAAUUGGCCUUAUUUCCAUGUUGAUUUGACGGGGGCGUUGAAGAGUGCUAUGCAAGAGUAA